GGGCCUGAGCUGCUGCAUGGCAGCCAUGGACCAUGUCGGUAGGUGCCAGCCAGGCCUGGCUCAGUCGAGAAGGGUUUUGAGACAUCUCGGAACUGUUUUAACCUUUCCAAGCACUCUUCAUGGCAAACGUUUUGUACAGCCCCACCGCGCGUCCCCCAGUUCUGCCUCACCCCACGGAGCUGCGUCCCUCCGCACACCCUGCCUGCCUGUGGGUACACCAGGGACGGUCCCAUGGAGGCAGAGUGGGGCUGUGGGGAGCUACAGGCAGGAGAAGGAGAGCUGCUGGGGGUCCGAGCCACGUGGGGACACACACAGAGCCGUCGCAUAGAGAAGAGCCCAAAGCCACCGUAGACCAAAUUGCACGAGGCUGCUGUGUUUCCUGCUGCUGCAGCCACAGAUUGCUGCCUCUCCUUUUCCUUUUCUGCUUCAAUCCUCCCUUCACUUUUUUUUUUUUUCUUUUUCCUCUUGAUUUCUUUUUCCUCCUUUUAAAUUUUGUUUGAAACCCCGCUGCUUUCAGUCUGCAUGGAGAGGAUUGGGAGCAGCGGGCAGAGGACUCGGGGCUCUCCUGUGCUGCUGCUCAGUGCCAUCCUCAGAGAUGGCCUCUGCUACCUGGGGACGCAGCAGUGUCCGUGGGAGUGGGACAGUGCUCUCAGACCUCAGGCGGUGUCACAUUCAGUCUUUGGGAUCUGAGCCAAGAGGAUAAAAGUGAUCAACACAAAGAGAAGUGACCGUCCCAUCAAACCCCCGUGUGGAGCACUGUGCCGUCAAUGCAGCUCUGUUUGGCCCCUUGUUCCCUUUCCCCAGCACAACCAUGCAGGAUGGGGAUGAGCCUCCCUCAGCACCAGCUGCGUGCUGCCUGCAGGGAGGGGAUGAAGACUGUGGGCACCCACCCACUGCAGCAGGACUGGUGGGUAAGAGCAUGGACAAGUGGGUCCCAGUGGUGCCGGAGCUGGAAGGCAGGUGAGAUCUGGAAGCACUGUUUGCAUUAAGCCGCCCUGGUGCUGGGACUGGUACCAGGAGAAGGUGCCUUUUGGUGGAUCCUCUAAAGCUCUGCACCCCUCAGGGCAUUUUAGCACCUCGCUGGCUUUCCAAAAGAGUGGAGCUGGUGCAGACAGCACGCUGGCACUGCUGUCAUAGGGCUGCAUGGGUGCCACCAGAGCACCACUGCUUGCUGGUGAGCAAUGGACACGGCAGGGGGUUGGAUUGCAGGGAGGACAGAUUGCAGCAAUAUCCUCGGAACUCUUCUUCAUUUUUCCUGGUUGGGACUGCUCUGCACCGCAGGGUCUGGCUGGAGGGCAGAGAUGGAGGUACUGCUGCAGCGGGGCUGGGUUUCCCCUGCAUGGAUAUGAGGAGCUCGGGCAUAAAGGCUCUGGAAGCAGGACGUGCCCUGAUGCUCUUCCAGUGCUGAGCAUUGGGGUUUCCCCAGGGGAUCUCGGCUGACUCAUUGCUGUCCCCCACAAAAUUCCCCUCUGCUCCCGGAUCCACCUUCACUAUCCCUGUGCUGUGCUCUGCAGGGGGUGGGAGGACCGCUGCCACCUGCAGCCAGGGGGACAGGGAGAGUGAUCCCCACAUCUGCUGUGCCACCAGGAAAUGGCAGAGCUGUCGGCUGUCCCCCAUCUCCAUCUCAUGUCUGUGGGGCUGUUGGGCUGCUUCAGUGCCCCACUUCUGGCCUGCUCUUGGAUCGCAGUGAGAGGUCGAGGGAGACCCGUGCUGGUUUUUGCUCUGUCCAGGAUGUGUGCAGUGAGGAUGCACUUUAUUGGAGCAGGGGAGUGGGACUGUGGGUGCUUCUGGCUGCAGGCACCCCUCCAGGGAACGCGUCUGGAUAAUCACGAGGAGCGUGAUGGAGGAGAGCAGGCUUCUUCCCCUCCACCUCCUCUCCCUUCCCACCCCCUCCCUUCCCCUGCAAUGCACUUUGAGCGCAUUAGGACGAGGUUUGGGCUGUGGCUGCAGCUCUCUGAGGGCACCAGCUGACCCUCAGCCCAUCUUGAGCUGCUUCAGGCCCAAAGGCUCAGUUGGGGUGGGUGCUGCCUCCCCUUGUGUGCUGUGAACAGCCCCCAGCACCCUGCCAGGCACACAGGGACUUGGCCUCUCCCCUCCACGCAUGUCCGGGUCACCUCUGUCACAUUCACAAGAGAAGCAAACGCAUCCUCACCCGCUGGGGCUUGCUGGAGGGGACAGCAGGGCAGCACAGGGGGAAAAGAGCCGCCUGCAGGGUCUCACCCACCCCAAGCAGGCAAUAAAGCAGUGUUUCAUUCUCGCUGUGCGUGGACACCAUCCAUCGUGCCCUGCUGGGGGGCUCCUGCUGCCUCCCUGCCCCCAUGUGCUGUGUGCAGUUGUGCUGUGCUGGGGUGUGCAUGUGGGUCGGGGUGAGCCAUGCGGAGAGCUGUACUCCAUGGGGCCGUCUAUCAAAAUAACACGCAGACAGCAGCUCAGAGCCCGAGGCAGACUGCUCGUGGGACAGUGGCUCUGCUGUGCAAGGGCUUUGCCAGCAGUGGGUCCUGCUGCCUUGCAGCGGGGAUGCAUCGCUGCCUUGCAGAGGCAUGGCCAGGCCUGGGGGAGGGGGCAUGACCCGGGCUGCGGGGGGAGCACGGGGCUGCUGGCAGUGCUGUCUGCAGGUGAGUGCCCGGUGUGUGCGGAUGCCGGUUCUGGGCAGCACUCACGGUGGCCGUAGGGUUGCCACAGAGGUGGAGGGGUCGUGGCUUGUAACGGUGUUUCUGAGCUGCCAGCUGUCCUGUUGGGUUUCGCACAUCAAUAAAACUUAUAUUUAUAGUGUACCCUUCGGUUCCUCCCGAGUGGCUGUGGGGUCCGCGCGCGUCGCGGCGCCGGGAUGCAGAGAUGCGCAAAGCUGUGAGGGCGGGCGGUUCUCCGCAGGCAGCAGCCCGGCUUUCGGCACCACCUCCCGGGAUUACAAAAGCAGCUCUGCCCCCGGGCCCGCGGGUAACGCUGCGUGCGUGGCCGAGCGCACGGGUGCGGCGCUGCUCCCGGCCGCCGUGCGGGGGCGAACCGGGCCGUGCCGUGCCGUGCCGGGGCGGUGCUGCAGGAAGUCACCGCCGCCUCGGAGCCCUUCCCGGCCCAGGGAAGCGGAGCGGCGCCGCGCUGCCUCGACGAGAGCCCCGGGGAAGGCGGCGGAAGGUGCCGGCGGAGCAGAGGGAGGGCUGGGAGCCGGGCAGAAGAUGUCCUGGGCCAUGCAGUGCCACGGCUGUCUGCCCUGGGGCAGCUGGACACGGCUGUGUGGGUCCCAGCCCGGCCGCAGGGCAGCACGGUGUGUGUACCUCUGUACUGCUUCAGGGCCAGGUGCUGCAGGCAGCUGCUUCCACAGGAAGAUCCUCCACGUAGGCGGCACCUCCCUCCCCAGCAGGAGCUGUGUUCGAUACAAGGGAGGGUCUCAGGAGAACCGAGCCCAACGCAGCUCCUCCCACCACGGCCUGGACCAUCUCAGGAACGUGGCCUCAUCUGAUGCUAUUAAGAAACACCAGAAAAGCCUGUCUGCAUGGUUCAGCAACCAGCCCAACGAAGAGAGGCAAUUUGGCCCUUCCUUCUCACUAGACGCCAUCCACGUGGACCCAGUGAUCCGCGAGAGCUCCCUGGAGCAGAUCCUGAAGCCCUCACCUGACCUAACCAUCCAGCACCAGCUCCAGCAGCCCUGCAGGCAGGUCAUCAGCCUCCAGAACCUCUUUGACGUGGAUGCCUGUGGGCGGCAGGUGAAGAACGUGGUGCUGUACGGCACCGUGGGCACAGGGAAGAGCACCCUCAUCAAGAAGAUGGUGGUGGAUUGGUGCCAUGGUCUCCUACCCCGCUUUGAGCUGGUCAUCCCCUUCUCCUGUGAGGACCUGUCCCAUAGUCACGUCCCUAUCUCUCUGAGACGCCUCAUCACCAAGAAGUACCAGCACCUGCGGGACGUGGUGCCUCUCCUGGGUUCUUCCAACCUCAAAGUGCUUUUCAUCCUUAAUGGACUGGAGCGCCUCAACUUGGAUUUCCGGCUGGCUGGCACCGAGCUGUGCUGUGAUGCCAAUGAGCCCGUGCCUCCCUCUGCCAUCGUGGUCAACCUGCUGCGGAAAUACCUCCUGCCAGAGGCCAGCAUCAUCGUCACGACGCGCCCAUCUGCGGUGCGCCGGAUCCCUGGUAAGUACGUGGGCCGCUAUGCAGAGAUCUGUGGCUUCUCAGACACCAACCUGCAGAAGCUGUACUUCCAGCUGCGCCUCAGCCAGCCUGGCUGCGAUGGAGAGAACAGCGUGGCCAGCCGCUCGGGCGAGCAGGAUAACUUGGUGGAGAUGCUAUCGAGGAACCUGGAGCGCCAAAACCAAAUCGCCGCCGCCUGCUUCUUGCCCUCCUACUGCUGGCUGGUGUGCACCACGCUGCAUUUCCUCUACUUCACCAGAACGGUGCCUCCCAGCCAGACCCUGAGCGGCAUCUACACCAGCUUCCUGCGGCUCAACUUCAGCGGGGAGGUGCUGGACAGCACCGACCCCACCAAAAUCUCCAUGAUGAAGUACGUGGCCAAGACGGUGGGCAAGCUGGCCCACGAAGGGGUGAUGUCCCGGAAGACCAGCUUCACAGAGGAGGACCUGCAGCAGUGCUUUGAGGUGGAGAUGAAGACGGAAAGCGAGCUCAACCAGCUGGAGGUCUUCCGCAGUGAUGUCUUCCGCUUCUUCCUCACGCCGUGCGUGCAGCCAGGCAAGGAGCACACCUUUGUCUUCACCAUCCCUGCGAUGCAGGAGUACCUGGCUGCCCUGUACGUGGUGCUGGGCGAGAAGAAGACCCUGGUGCAGAAAGUGGGGAAGGAGGUGUCGGAGAUCAUCGGGAAGGUGAGCGAAGAUGCCGCUGUGGUGCUGAGCAUCAUCUCCAAAGUGCUCCCCCUGCGCUUCCUGCCGGUGCUCUUCAACCUGCUCAAAAUGUUCCCUCGCUUCUUCUCGCGGCUGAGCGGGAAGGGCCGGGACACCAUCGCCCGCACCAUGGCGGAGGAGCUGUUCAAAGAGGAGGAUUACUACAAUGACGACGUCUUGGAUCAAAUCAAUUCCAGCAUCUUGGGCGUGGAGGGCCCUAUGCGGCACCCUGAUGAGGCCGCUGACGAUGAAGUCUUUGAGCUCUUCCCCAUCUUCAUGGGUGGGAUCCUGUCCCGCCGCAACCGCGCCAUCCUGGAGCAGCUGGGCUGCUCCAUCAAGAACCUGGCGGCCUUUGAGAUCGCCAAGGCCAUGAAGAAGACUGUCAUCAGGAACAGCCGCAAAGGGCUGCCCCCCUCUGAGCUCAUGGACUACCUCUUCUUCCUGCACGAGUUCCAGAAUGAGCGCUUCACAGCGGAGGCCGUCCGCUCCCUCCGGACUGUCAACCUCUCCUCUGUCAAGAUGACCCCUCUCAAGUGCUGUGUUCUGGCUUCUGUCAUGGGCAGCACGAGCCACGAGGUGGAGGAGCUGAAUCUGACCUCCUGCAACCUUGACGCCAGCAGCCUGAGGACUCUUUUCCCCGUCCUGCUGCGGUGCAAGUUUCUCCAUCUGCAGCUCAACAGCCUGGGCCCUGAUGCCUGCAAGGAGAUCCGCGACCUGCUCCUGCACGACAAGUGUGCAGUGAGCAACCUGCGGCUGGGGAACAACCCCAUAGGUGAGCAGGGGGCACAGUACCUGGCCGAGGCGCUGGCAGGCAACCGCUCUCUGACCCACCUGUCCCUGCUGCACACUGCGCUGGGAGACCGUGGCGUGGAGCUGCUUGCCCAGCACCUGGCUGAGAACCAACAGCUCCAGGAGCUCAACCUGGGCUACAACUCCCUGACGGACACGGCUGCCCUGCAUGUGGUGGAGGUGGCCAAAAAGCACGCGACGCUGGACAAAGUGCAUUUAUAUUUCAACGACAUCAGUGAGGACGGCAAGCGGGCACUCGACAGCCUGCGCAUGGACCGGGACGGCGUCAGGGCGCUGGUCUUCCUCACAGCAGGCACUGACGUCUCUGAUUACUGGUCCAGCAUCCUGAACGUGGUGCACAAGAAUCUGCCUUUCUGGGACCGUGAGAGGGUUCGGCAGCACCUGACCAUCAUCCUGCAGGACCUGGAGAGCAGCCGGAGGCAGACGGUCAACCCCUGGAGGAAAGCCAAGUUCCUACGGGUGGAGAGUGAGGUGAAGAAGAUGCUGGGGAAACUCCAGCAUGGGACCCUUUGAGCUGCUGGAGGGCGCAGGGCCUCACCGGUGCCCUUAUCCCAGCGGAGAUGCCCAGCAGUUGGGUGCUGCCGAAGCUGUUGAAGGUGCUGGGUAUGUGGGGCCAGGCUGAAACGUGGCACAAAGCCCAGAAGUAAAUGGGACUUGUCUUCUGGGCUUGGACUCAAGCUUGCUUGUGAAACCCUUGGUAGCAUUAAAGUGCACCGCUUUGUU